AUGAGCAGUGCUCCAUCUGACGAUCUACUUGCAAAAGUGCCACCUGCUGUUGCAAUUGACGCAUAUACUGGACUCCCUGCUGCUCCGUCUCGCUCUCCGUCGCCUCCUGCGGCUCCGCCCAACUCAAGGUACACUGAACAAGAUGCAAUAUACUUUUACAGGCGGAUCGCCUACGACUUGGCUCGAAAUCCUAACCUUUCGAAAGCAAACCUCUGCGACAUACUAGGAGAGAAGGCACCCCAUCACACGGGAGUCGCUUGGCGAUCGUACUGGCACAAACAUGAGGAUGUCGCUGAUAAGAUGUACUUGCUCACUCAGUUAGUCGAUCAGGAUCGGGAAAAAGCGAUCCAGUCUUGGAGGGGUGGCGGAAACGUAGUAAAUGGAAACUCGCGGCCUCGGACAAUCUCUUACAAGGAAAGUUCCGACAGCGAGGCUGGCGAAGAGGAUACCAAGGCGGGAUUUUCGUCCGAAUCGGAAGAGGAAAGUUCCGAUGACGAGGAUGAAAAUGAUAGAUUAGACACGGAUGAAAAUGAGAAGCUCGGUGUAGCCGGUUCAAUUUUCACAAUGGCUGAGUAUCGGGUGCUCGCGAAGCACAUUGCCAUUUGCCCAGAUUGGUUUAAUGGCUAUCGAGACUGGGAACCUUUCACUAUAGCCUAUCCUCAACGGACUCCUGCAUCGUGGAGGGAAAUUUAUCGUCGCAGACAAGAUGAAAUUGAUGCACUUGCGAGAAGAUAUAUGAAGAAGGCAAGGAAGACAAGAGAACGUAUUAGUGCCCGACGUGGAAGACCGAGCUGGGCCCGACAAAAUCAUUCCGCUGCGUCGAGUUCGGUCGCUGAAAGCACUGGAUCAGUCAAGCGCAGAUACUCGGAGGACGAUUUGCGAGAGCAAUUAAAGGAAAAGAAGUCAAAACUUGACGAUUAA